AUUCUAGAACGUUGCUGUGGUAGCGCUCGGGCGCCAUGUUAGGACGAAGGGGAAGGAGGAGAAGCGCUUAAAGCGGCGGGGCGUGGGUGCAGGACUGGGUUGGCCCUGGGGCUGAGGCAGGCCGCCGUCCCUCCCGCCUCGGUGGAUCAUGCCCAGGACGGCAGCGGUCGCGGGGGGGAAGUGACUGGGCGGUGCCGGCGCCGGAGACGAUGCCGUUUCCAGUUACAACGCAGGGAUCACAACAAACGCAGCCGCCACAGAGGCACUAUGGCAUUACCUCUCCUAUCAGCUUAGCAGCCCCCAAGGAGACCGACUGCCUACUCACACAGAAACUCAUCGAGACGCUGAAGCCCUUUGGGGUUUUUGAAGAAGAAGAGGAACUGCAGCGCAGGAUUUUAAUUUUGGGAAAAUUAAAUAACCUGGUGAAAGAAUGGAUACGAGAAAUCAGUGAAAGCAAGAAUCUUCCACAAUCUGUAAUUGAAAAUGUUGGAGGAAAAAUUUUUACAUUUGGAUCCUACAGACUAGGAGUACAUACGAAAGGUGCUGAUAUUGAUGCGUUGUGUGUUGCACCAAGACAUGUUGAUCGAAGUGACUUUUUCACCUCAUUCUAUGAUAAAUUGAAAUUACAAGAAGAAGUGAAAGAUUUAAGAGCUGUUGAAGAGGCAUUUGUACCAGUUAUCAAACUCUGUUUUGAUGGAAUAGAGAUUGAUAUUUUGUUUGCAAGAUUAGCACUGCAGACUAUUCCAGAAGAUUUGGACCUACGAGAUGACAGUCUGCUUAAAAACCUAGAUAUAAGAUGCAUAAGAAGCCUUAAUGGUUGCAGGGUAACCGAUGAGAUUUUACAUCUAGUACCAAACAUUGACAACUUCAGGUUAACUCUGAGAGCCAUCAAACUGUGGGCCAAACGGCACAACAUCUAUUCCAAUAUAUUAGGUUUCCUCGGUGGUGUUUCCUGGGCUAUGCUAGUAGCAAGAACUUGCCAGCUUUAUCCAAAUGCAAUAGCAUCAACUCUUGUACAUAAAUUUUUCUUGGUAUUUUCUAAAUGGGAAUGGCCAAAUCCAGUGCUAUUGAAACAGCCUGAAGAAUGCAAUCUUAAUUUGCCUGUGUGGGACCCAAGGGUAAACCCCAGUGAUAGGUACCAUCUUAUGCCUAUAAUUACACCAGCAUACCCACAACAGAACUCCACGUACAAUGUGUCCGUUUCAACACGGAUGGUCAUGGUUGAGGAGUUUAAACAAGGUCUUGCUAUCACAGAUGAAAUUUUGCUGAGUAAGGCAGAGUGGUCCAAACUUUUUGAAGCUCCAAACUUCUUUCAAAAGUACAAGCAUUAUAUUGUACUUCUAGCAAGUGCGCCCACGGAAAAGCAGCGUCUGGAAUGGGUGGGCUUGGUGGAAUCAAAAAUCCGUAUCCUGGUUGGAAGCUUAGAGAAGAAUGAGUUUAUUACACUGGCUCAUGUGAAUCCCCAGUCAUUUCCAGCCCCCAAGGAAAGUCCUGAUAGGGAAGAAUUUCGCACAAUGUGGGUGAUUGGUUUAGUGUUUAAAAAAACUGAAAACUCUGAAAAUCUCAGUGUGGACCUCACCUAUGAUAUCCAGUCUUUCACAGACACAGUUUAUAGGCAAGCAAUAAACAGCAAGAUGUUUGAGUUGGAUAUGAAGAUCGCAGCAAUGCAUGUGAAGAGAAAGCAGCUCCACCAGCUGCUGCCAAGUCACGUGCUUCAGAAGAGGAAGAAGCAUUCAACAGAAGGAGUCAAGUUAGCAGCUCUGAAUGACAGCAGCCUUGACUUGUCUAUGGACAGUGAUAACAGCAUGUCUGUGCCUUCACCCACCAGUGCUAUGAAGACCAGUCCAUUGAACAGUUCUGGCAGCUCUCAGGGAAACAGUCCUGCUCCAGCUGUGACCGCAGCAUCUGUGACCAGCAUUCAGGCUUCUGAGGUUUCUGUACCACAAGCAAAUUCCAGUGAAAGCCCAGGGGGUCCAUCGAGCGAAAGCAUUCCUCAAACUGCCACACAGCCAGCCAUUUCUCCACCACCAAAGCCUACAGUCUCCAGAGUUGUCUCCUCAACACGACUGGUAAACCCGUCGCCUAGACCUUCAGGAAACACAGCAACAAAAGUACCUAAUCCUAUAGUAGGAGUCAAGAGAACGUCCUCACCCCAUAAAGAAGAAAGUCCUAAGAAAACCAAAACAGAAGAGGAUGAAACAAGUGAAGAUGCUAACUGUCUUGCUUUGAGUGGACAUGAUAAAACAGAGACAAAGGAACAAGUUGGCAUGGAGACAAGUGCGGCUCCGUCAGAAGCUGCUCCGGCCUCGGCGUCUCUGGUGGCCUCUCAGAAAACAUCCAGUACAGACCUUUCCGAUAUCCCUGCUCUCCCUGCAAACCCUAUUCCUGUUAUCAAGAAUUCAAUAAAACUGAGACUGAAUCGGUAAAACCACCUCAGGGUCCAUAAACAGUAUCUGCCAACUCAACCCGUUGUCUCCAGAUGCUUAAACAAAAGAAAGAAAGAAAAAAGAAAGGAGAAAGGAGAUUGGAGGGACAGGACUAGCCCUGACUGACUGGGUUUAGUCUUGGUGACCUCCCUUACUUGGGCUCAUCAGCACUUGAUCAGCAGUCCAGGUUAGUAUGGAAGCCAGGAGUACUGUUAUUAUUGUGUUAGCAACAGUUGCAUUAACUAUUUCAGAAAAAUUACUGCCUUUAAGAAGGAAAGAAAACAAAACCCUCAAGCUGCGUUUGUAUCCAUAAUUGACAUCCAGAUUGGGUUUAUGUGUGAUGAUGCAUUGUUUGGAAAAUUGCAAUACAAACUGGCAUAAGAACUCCUUAUUCUGAUGAUGCACUUUUAUGUAUUUUUUUUUAUUAGAAAGUAGAACUAAUUUUAGAUUUUCAGCUUAAUGGAUUUUCAAUUUUUUUCCCAAAGAAUUUUCUUUACAAUUAGUCUUUAAAUUGGAUUCCUUGUGCAGUGGUGUACCAUUCUGCCUCAGAAAGGACAGGAGGACACCUAGCUCAGUCCUUACGGGCAGCUGUAACCCUUAGGGUGCAUUGUCAAUGCUAAGGUAUACUUUGGACACUGAAAGAAGAAUUAGGCGAUACUUGGUUUUGAUGAGGUUAUGAUUAAGAAGUAUAUAUUCCUUUUAUUUAUAGAGUUGUUUUAUAGUGCAUACAAAUCAGCAGUCAGCCAACAAGUGUGGUCUUUGAGCUUUCUCAAGCUCUGUUCUUUUGCCUUCAGUCUGUUAGUCUUUGAAACAACGACAGUGCUUUCUCCCCACCCCCCUUUUUUCUUUUGCCUGUUUUUCCCUUUUGCUUGAAUGCACAAGGUAAGGCUUAUUUCACAGAAACCAGAAUGCCAGUAUUUUCCUAAGCCAUGACAUGUAACCGUGACCCUGUGGCUACGUGACACAGAACACUAACUUUGGUCCCAUGGCUAGAACUUGAGAAUGACUGAAAGCCAUACCCGUGAAGCAUCUCCGGAGGAUGGCCAUUUGAUCUCUGAGAGGACUUUUGUACACUCCACAGAACUCCUGUUCCUGUCUUACACAAAGUUGAUUUUCAAUUUUAAAAGUGGGCAAAAAGGCAUUUUCUUCCAGAUUUUUAAACUAAUUUUUAUUUUUAACCAGUUUAUCAAAAUUUGUCAGUGAAUUUUACAUACAGAAACAUUUUAAAAAUCAUUCCUAGUAAGCACUUGACGUUUAGUCAGCUCUCCACUUUUGAAUUUUUUUGUUCUAUCAAAAAUUAGAAACUUCCUUUAAAGACAAUGAUUUCUCAUAAUUAAGUAGCAGAAUUCUCGUCCAUCUUGUGACGUCUGAGGACGCCAGAGGUUGAUAAGGUUCCUCUUGUUGAUCUGGGUAGAGCAGGCCUGUAGCAGCAGAUCUUUGUAUGAGCAUGGUUUUUGAAUCCUUCAUUUCGCUGCAUUCUAUCACAUAUUUGUGCAUUUUCACGUUACACUGCAAUUAAACUCUCCUGUCCUCCUAAAUUAAUUUCCAAAGUUGGAAUAUAGUCUUUCCCUUCAGCUGUGCAUUAAUUAAGGCUUUCUUUACCACUUACAUUGUUUAUAUACAGUGUUCUUUCUGCUCUCCACCUCUCGCUCUGCAGUCACCUUGCCCUCCCUCCCUCCCUCCCUCCCACCACUUGAGUAAAGAAGACAGUUCGCUAACAGGUGACAUGUCCCGGUGUCUGUGUGUGUAGCUGCAGAGUUAGAUUGACAUCACCAGGCACAGAUUUAGUCUUGUCGUUUUGUUUACACAUUGGGGAAAAAUUCAGUUUAAUAAACGUUCCAUGUAACUGCAUCCAAGUUUCACCAGGCUGGAGACGUGGAUCUUUUCUGUGUAGUGACUUUUUACUUCUAGUUUCCAUAACCUGGAGAUCAGACUGUUGCUUUCGCAUGAUGUAAGUAGUGUCUCAUGACUGGAGUUUGCUUUGUUUUAUAGUAUCUGUACUCCUUGUAUUUUUCAAGAGCUAUUUUGUAAACAGAUGAUGUAUUUCUCCAUUGAAAACACAAUAAAAAAAAAAAGGCACAAAUCCCA